AUGAUAAGCCCUUCCGAUACUAUUGUUAUUGCCGACGACGAGGAAGUUUUAAUGCUUAAGCCAGACAGCUCACGACCUCAGAGGGCUCCUCGCCGUGAUUAUAGUUACCGGGAAUUUAAGAGCAUAUUUAUUGAAUUAAUUAAUGCGCAGGCAGAUAUGACACUAUCGCGCAAACACCGAAGAACCAAAGCGAAGGAGCCAUCUACUUUGGAUGACGUUUUUAAGGGGCUCCAAAAGGCAGUCGACCGUGAAGUCUAG